UGAGAUCUCUGUGUUCCCCAACUGUCCCAGGAUGCUGUGGCUGCUGUUCCUCAUCCUCCCUGACUUUGGCUCAGGACAGGAGUUGGGCAUUGUCGGAGGCUGCCCUGUCUCAGGCAGGCGGUCCGCAUGGCAGGUCAGCUUGAGGUUCUACAACAUGAAGCACAGCCUGUGGGAACAUAUCUGUGGGGGCUCUCUCAUCCACCCUCAGUGGGUGCUGACUGCCGCCCACUGUGUGCAGCCGAAAGAACUGGAAGCUUGUGGCUUUAGGGUCCAGCUUGGGCAGCUGAGCCUCUAUGAAAAUGACCAGCUGAUGAAAGUGGUCGAGAUCAUCCGCCACCCUAGGUACAAGGAGAGCCUGUCUGCUGAGGGGGGUGCAGACAUUGCUCUGCUGAGACUGGAAACCCCUGCAAUACUAUCUGAGCACAUCCAGCUGGUCUCCCUCCCCACUGCCUCCGAGAUGGUCUCCCCGAGGAAGAUCUGCUGGGUAGCUGGCUGGGGCGUCAUUGAGGACCACAUGCCCCUUCCCCCGCCCUACCACCUUCGGGAAGUGAUAGUCCCCAUCUUGUGGAACAAAGACUGUGACCGGAAGUACCACAAAAACUCCUCUUUGGAUAGAAACACUAAGAUCAUUAAGGAUGACAUGCUAUGUGCCGGGACGGAAGGUCGGGACGCCUGCCAGGGCGACUCUGGAGGCCCCUUGGUCUGCAGGUGGAACUGCUCCUGGGUCCAGGUGGGUGUGGUUAGCUGGGGCAGAGGCUGUGGCCUUCUUGAUCUCCCUGGGGUAUAUACUCGUGUGAGGAGCUACAUGCCUUGGAUCCACCGCUAUGUCCCCAUAUUCCCUCAACCCUCGACAGGGCCAAGUGGGGUUCACACAACAGAGGAGAUCUCAGCUUCCUCUGUUGGUUCCCUUACUCCUUCACCUAAUUCAGCCUUGUCCUUCUAA